CCGGCGCCGGCGCAGUCAGAGUACGGCAGCGUAGCGCCGGCAACUGGGACCGAUUCAUCUGAGGCGGCACCGGGGCCGGGAGCUGGAGCCACCAUGAGCCGCAGCUACAAUGACGAGCUGCAGUUUCUGGACAAGAUUCAUAAGAACUGCUGGAGGAUCAAGAAGGGCUUCGUGCCCAAUAUGCAGGUGGAAGGAGUGUUCUAUGUGAAUGACCCGCUGGAGAAACUAAUGUUUGAGGAGUUAAGAAAUGCCUGCCGAGGUGGGGGUGUUGGUGGCUUCCUGCCAGCAAUGAAACAGAUUGGCAACGUGGCAGCCUUACCUGGGAUUGUCCAUAGAUCUAUUGGGCUUCCUGAUGUCCAUUCUGGUUAUGGAUUUGCUAUUGGGAAUAUGGCUGCCUUUGAUAUGAAUGACCCAGAAGCUGUGGUGUCCCCAGGUGGUGUCGGAUUUGACAUCAACUGCGGGGUCCGGCUGCUGAGAACCAACCUGGACGAGAGCGACGUCCAGCCCGUGAAGGAGCAGCUCGCCCAGGCCAUGUUUGACCACAUUCCUGUUGGGGUGGGAUCCAAAGGAGUUAUUCCAAUGAACGCUAAGGACUUAGAGGAGGCUCUGGAGAUGGGGGUGGACUGGUCUCUCCGAGAGGGCUACGCCUGGGCAGAGGACAAAGAGCACUGUGAGGAAUAUGGGCGUAUGCUGCAGGCCGACCCCAACAAGGUCUCCGCCAGGGCUAAGAAGAGAGGCCUUCCUCAGCUUGGAACUCUGGGAGCAGGAAAUCAUUAUGCAGAAAUCCAAGUUGUGGAUGAGAUUUUUAAUGAAUAUGCUGCUAAGAAGAUGGGCAUUGACCAUAAGGGACAGGUGUGUGUGAUGAUCCAUAGCGGCAGCAGAGGCCUGGGCCAUCAAGUAGCUACAGAUGCACUGGUGGCCAUGGAAAAGGCCAUGAAGAGAGACAAGAUUAUUGUGAAUGACCGCCAGUUAGCGUGUGCUCGGAUCAGCUCCCCGGAGGGGCAGGACUACCUGAAGGGGAUGGCCGCUGCUGGGAACUACGCCUGGGUCAACCGCUCUUCCAUGACCUUCCUGACCCGACAGGCUUUUGCCAAGGUCUUCAACACAACCCCUGAUGACUUGGACCUCCAUGUAAUCUAUGACGUCUCCCACAAUAUCGCCAAAGUGGAGCAGCAUGUGGUGGAUGGCAAGGAACGGACCCUGCUGGUGCACAGGAAGGGCUCCACGCGGGCCUUCCCUCCACACCACCCCCUCAUCGCUGUGGAUUACCAGCUGACCGGACAGCCAGUCCUCAUUGGGGGCACCAUGGGAACCUGCAGCUAUGUUCUUACUGGGACCGAGCAGGGCAUGACUGAGACCUUCGGAACCACCUGUCACGGAGCCGGUCGUGCGUUAUCCCGAGCAAAAUCUCGACGUAACUUAGACUUCCAGGAUGUUUUGGAUAAAUUGGCUGACAUGGGCAUUGCGAUCCGGGUGGCUUCCCCUAAACUGGUGAUGGAAGAGGCUCCUGAGUCCUAUAAAAAUGUGACAGAUGUCGUGAAUACCUGCCACGAUGCUGGGAUCAGCAAGAAAGCAAUUAAACUGAGACCAAUCGCAGUCAUCAAAGGCUAAGGGCUCGAUUGGCCCGACUGAGAGCACUGACGCCAGCCCCGACCCAGACACGCAUUCAUGCACACUUCCGACGCCAAAUUUCCUGACCUCCCUGAUUCUGAGGGUGCCUGGCCCAUUUCUCAUUCCAACCUGACUGAUCCAGCGUGGUAAAGGACCGCCACUAGAGAAGCCACGCUGACUCAUUCAAAGAGGAAUAUACGACUGUGCUUGCCGCUGCGGUGGUCCGGCCACAGUCACUCACCAUGGCCGGCCAGGGCCCACCAUCCGAGCGCUUAAAAAGAAGUCCUAUCUUAAUACUGAGUUUUGUUCCUAUUCUGGUAGCUGAGAUGAGCAUCAGAACGUUCUGUUCCAAGGCGGCUCUGGGGCUCCUUGUCCAAAAGGUUUUCCAUUGCUCUUAAUUCGGGGGAUACCCUGACUGAAGAGUAACUUUUGCUUCCUUUGAGGGGUGAGGGGGUAAGGGGGGAGGGGGGGGGUAAGUCUAGGGGAGAAAAGUAGUGUAGAAAGACAAAGUGUUUCAGUUUACCAUCACCAGGGCUUCCUUCCUAUUUCUAAAUACAAAGCAACGUUUGGGGCUGCCUGCCAAUUGGAGACCUCGCACCUGUGACAGACGAUAUUCCUUGGGUCUGGCUCUGUGUGCGAAAGUUCUUGCAGUCAUGGUGGACGCGGGUGUCCCCAUGACUCAGAUUACUGCAUCGGGCACAUAGAGUGGCUGGUCUCUGUGGCUAAACAUGGCUGACCCAUGACCCCUGGCAGCAGUAAUAAAUCUGAGGCUGCCAAGUGGGUCUGAUCUUGUUCUGCGAUCUUCCAUGGACUGAUAAAAGGCCAUUCGUGGUGAAUGGAUGGCCUGGCACUGAGGCCUUAGUAUAUCUGAACAGCCCAGAAAAGUGGCAAUGUCACAAAACUACCGUAGCUUAUUUAUACUUUAUAUCAGAAACAUAAGAGAAUUUGCUUAUAAAGAAAAUGAGUUUUUCCCAGGAUUGCCAUCAGAUGCUGCCAUUUUUCCUGGUCUUUUUUCCUGCUUCCAAAAACCAGGCUUAAUAGAGACAGAUCUGCCUUCUUGUAAAGUUCACACCCUUCUCCAUCCUAAUCUCACUGGAGUACUUUUCCCAGAUUCUCUUCUCAAUACUGGGCGGGAACACGUUCGGGGGGGUCACGCCUCUUAGAUGUGGUGCAUGUUUGGGGAGGGAUAAUUCUUUACACCUGUCCUUGGAAACCAACUUUCGUGUCACUGUGUAACCAACUAAGCGAUGAGGUACGAUGUAAUUGUUUUAGAUUACACACACCUUCAAACCAGACCCACUCCCCUGGGCAGUGGUGGGCGCUGGAGGGCACUUCACAGCGAGAAGCCCAGUCUGGUGUGGCCAGACUCGCCAGGGUACAUCUCAGGGCUUGCCUGGCGACUCUUGUUUAUGAAGCUAAUUCAAAACAAGAAUCUUUCCAGUAGCUGACUGACGUCAGUUCAGGAAAUGAUGGCUUAGCUCAUUUUAAUGACACAAAAUUAACUUUUAUUGGACUUUCUGAAAUGUAUUUCUUUGGUGGUUUGUAGACAUGCUGUUUUCUGGCCCAGUAGAGAAACUGUUCUUCCUUCCCUGGUCUUACCCAAGCCGUAUAUUGGUUAUUUGUUGGUAUUUUGAGUUUGUAGAAGAAAAGGAGCUAACAUUAGGAUUCGCUUGUUCUAAAAAAGUUUUCUUUGCCCAUUCAAAAAACACGACUUAAAAAUAAAUUACCUGAAAAUGAA